AUGGUUGUCACUCAAGACGACAUUAAUCUGGUGAGCAAGGUAUUAUGCCUCCCGUGCGCGUUGCUGAUCAACUUCGGACUCUUCCAGUUCCUGUUCAUCGUCUUCCAGAAACGACAUAAGGAGCCCAGUAUCCGGAUGCUCCUCGGGGUCGCGUUCAUCAGCUUUGCUAGUCUUGUUCCUGGUGCCCAUCCCAACCACGAGCUGGUCCGCGAUCUCAACGACGUCUCCGAUGUCUGCUCCGUCCUGAGCUUCCUCCUCCAGAUCACCGUUCUCACGCGUGACGUUAACAAGAAAUUCAAGAUCCCGACCAUGGUGAGGCUUGCUCGCAGUGCCCAGCUUCUGGUGAUGCUAAGCUUCCUGGUGCUUCUCCUCAACUUUGUCGAUAUUGCCUCGUCUUCAUUCGACCUGGAAACGAUUGAGCUGCUGGACGUCGUUACGGAAUAUAUCUCGCUGGUCUUCGUCGUCUGCUUCCGAUUUUACUUUUUGGCCAUGGCCCGAGGUCCUGCCAAGGUUUGGAAAUCGCAAAAGCUCGAGGUGUUCUUCUACGUGUUGCUGGCGACUCAUGCAGUGCCAUUUACAAUUCUCAGUCACGCUACGGGCUUGGACUGGCACCACGUUCAAGGACUUUGGAUGCGCUGCACGAUUGUCCUCUGCCUUUCAUCCACGAUACACGCGAGACUGUCCAGUGCGAGCUCCAAAGGAAGCCAAACUACGUCCCACAGCAAGGUGAGGAGGGACAACAGUCUGAAGCCUGGUCCUUCGAACGCGCAGUUGGGCCCAAGCACGAAAUUGUCAUCGAUCCACCCAAGUCCACCAUCGCUGUGGCUUUCGGCGCGGCGACAGUUGCGUCGGCUAUAG